AGCGACGUCCCGACAAUCCCAUCUCGUUCACACCCUCUUCAUCAGCUUUUCUCGAAACCAACUCAGUCUCAGCUACCUUGUUGGGAGACUCACCCACCACAGCCAGGUGUGCGACCCGGGUCGACCAACGGAUUAGUCAGGGCAAAGCCCUGGAUACCAUGGCAGGCAACCAAAAAAAAAAGGCCACAGUUUCUCGGCUCUCGCUUUUCAAUAGCUUUUAGCAGACUGAAAGCUACCGGGAUUACAGUCCCAUCCGCCGCUAUCCACUCGGCAGUAGCAGCCCUGCGGACGGAGAACGAAGAUUGUUAUAUUUGGCAAUCUAUGAUGGAAGAAAUGCAGCAGAAGGGUGUAAAAAGGAGGAAGGAAUGGAAGAAAAAUAGUUCGAAAAAAUCCAAAAACAAGAAAAAGGUGAGAACUUUAGGGCCUGGUUCAGAAGAUGGGAGGUUUAAGAAAAUGGAUAAAAAGAUGAAAAAGUUUCUUCAGAAAAAGGCUAGAAGCUAUAAUUCAGAUGAUGAUGUGGUGGAAGAAGAAGACCGGAAUUUGAAAGGGGGAGAAGAGCAAUCAGGAGUAGUGAAAAAUGAGGUAAAAGGUGGGUUCAAGUCGAAAUUUUCGGAUAGUGAAGAAGAAGGAGAAGAGAAUGGUGAAGAGAAAAUUGAGGUUUCGGAGGAUGAAGAUGGUGAAAUUCAGCCAGGAGUUAUGAGAUUUUCGGAGGGUUGUAAGGCUUUUAGGUUGGCAUUCAAGAAGAUUACCAAGAAAACUGCUUCAACCGAUCAUGAUGUACUGGGUCCUGUGUUAUCAGCACAUAAAAAGCUUGUUGCCAAGAAGCUAGCUGAAGAAGAAGCAGAGAGAAAGGUUAAGGGUGAGGCAAAGAAGGAAAAACACCUGGUUGGAGAGAAGGGGCAUGUGAAGCCUGCUAAUUAUUUGGAUUCACAUGAAAAGCAUCUCAUUGGAGUUGCUACCAGAGGAGUGGUCAAGUUAUUUAAUGCUGUCAAUAAGGCACAACACUCGCAGAGAGGACUGAAUCCCUCAAGGUCGAAAGAUGAAAAAGUAAUUAAGAAGCGGAGGAAAGAGGCUUUUUUCUCAGGCUUGGGCCAGACCCCUUCCCAAAAGACCGGGAGCAUAGAAAAGAUUGGUGCAUCUGCUGGCACUGGUUCUGUUGAUGCUCCUGCAUGGGCGCCAUUGCGUGAUAAUUACAUGUUAACAAACUCUAAGUUGAAGGACUGGGAUAAGAUGCCAGACACAGCUGCUGUAGAUGACUUUGGGUUGCGACCAGAUGCAGAUAGUUCAUCUGAUGAUGAGUAGUAAAUGUCAGGAUAAAUUCCAGUCGACUUGCAAUGCUUGGAUGCGGCCAACUGGAUGGAGCUGGAGAUGAUCUAAACAGGAGCAAGAAGUUGACUCGUCCUCUUCAUUCCAAAAGCCAUUACCUAUUCUUAUCAUUAGAGAUGAGACAUCAUAGACAGAUUCUAACCUUGAUUUGAACAGCUCCAUACUCCAUUUUCAAGACUCGGACAGUGUUGGGUUUAAAGAGUACCAGCUCAAUCAUAAUUCAAUUUUCACCAAAAAAAGAAAAAGAAAAGGCAGUGUUAAAGAACCAUUUCAUCAGAAUCCCCGUCUGUCUCACAUGAUUAUGUUAGGAUCAACAUUGUAUCUACCUGUGAAUUGUCUCCGCGCCCACAAACAUCAUGUAAGAAACAAUAUCAUCAUUGCAUAGAACUUCAUUGUCCAA